AUGUGGAAGUUAACGAUCUCGACCCUCUGCUUUGCCGCUCUGGUUAACGCCGGCAACCUUCGCGGUGGCGGUGGCUUCGGAGGCGGAGGCUUCGGAGGCGGAGGAUUCGGCGGAGGUGGCCACCAUGGCGGUGGCGGAUUCGGCGGAGGAGGCCUCGGAGGUGGACACCACGGUGGCGGCGGAUUUGGUGGAGGUGGUCUCGGAGGUGGUGGACUCGGAGGUGGUGGACUCGGAGGCGGAUUCGGUGGUCACCAUGGCGGUGGCUUGGGAGGCGGCCUCGGCGGCGGCUUCGGUGGCGGUCACCAUGGUGGCGGCGGAUUCGGAGGUGGCGGACGAGGUGGUUACGGAGGUGGCUUCUCCAGUGGCCUCGGCGGUGGCUACCGCGGCGGAGGUGGCGGCUACGGAGGCGGAGGAUACGGGGGCGGCAGGUACGUGGACGAGUCGCCGAAGCCCUACCAGUUCGGCUACGACGCACAAGGUCCCGACGGCUCCAGCUCUCGCCAAGAGACCUCCGACGGAAGCGGCAGGGUUCAGGGGAGCUACACCAUCACCACCGCCGACGGACUUCAGAGGAAAGUGAAGUACGCCGCCGACGAAGGCGGCUUCCGCGCGCGUGUCGACACCAACGAACCAGGCACCACCAACGACAGUCCCGCUGACGUGACCCUCCAGUCGUCGGCACCAUCGCCCGCCGAGCUGUCCGCUCAGUACACGGCUUCCAGGGGCUACGGCCGUGGAGGCGGCGGCUACGGGGGCGGCGGCUACGGAGGCGCCGGCGCCGGCUACGGAGGCGGCAGGUUCGGAGGCGGAUACGGAGGUGGUCACCACGGUGGAUACGGAGGUGGAGGCUACGGUGGUGGACGCGGUGGAUUUGGAGGAGGACUCGGUGGUGGAGCCGGUGGUCUCGGUGGCCUCGGAGGCGGACACGGAGGCUUCGGAGGCGGAGCCGGUGGAUUCGGGAGAGGAGGCGGAGGCGGAGGCUUCGGCGGACCGGCAGGCGGAGGUGUCACCGUGAGCGCCUUCAAGGUCCACCACGGCGGAGGAGGUGCCGGAGGAUACGGCGGCUUGGGAGGUGGCGGGGGUUACCGCGGAGGUGGAGGAGGCGGCUACGGAGGUGCCGGAGGUUUCGGGGGCUCUGGAGGCUACGGUGGAUCCGGGGGCUUCGGUGGUGCCGGGGGCUACGGAGGUGCCGGAGGUUUUGGCGGUGGAAAGUAUGGCGGUGGCGCUGGAGGUGCCGGCGGCGGCGGUGGCUGGAAGUGGUGAUAAGGGUGCAGAGUUUGUGAGACUUUCAGAUGUGUGAAUGCGAAACUCUUUCGUCUUCCUGCGGUUCUGUUUGUUUGUUUUGUUUUGUCUGCGUGUUAUAGGUCGUUUGUCCCAUAGAUGUCUGUGAUGUGUUGUACGUAUACGGCUUGGGUCUGUUCAA